AUGGAAGGAAGUGAACAUAAAGAAUGGCAGGUGAAUCAGAAGAAGUUCCAUGCGAUUGCAAGGAAUAAUUUGAUAUCGUUCAAGCUUAAUAGAAGUGUGAUAACAAACUAUAUGGUGCAGCAUAUUGACUACAUGGUGAUGAAUUUUUGCUACUUUAAAGACAUUGCAACAAUAAGUGAAUAUCUGUGCACGGACAAUGGGCAAUUCAACUUUGAGUUCCAUAACAGGAUAGGGAUGUUUAUGAAGAUAAUACGGUAUAAUGGAUCUAAUUCGAUGGAUGAUGCACUGGCUAAAUCUGAUGCAAAUGGCAUUGCAGAUAGAUUAUAUGCACUGGAAAUAGACGAUCGGGGCGAUGCUUGUAAUGCAUGUGCAUUUCCAAUGAGCAAAGAUGAAUGGAUGCUUGAAAGCCGGCUACACAUGUUUGGGGUGAUUGGUCGCGACUCGAAUGUGUGCAAUUCUGAUGAGGAGAUGAUCAGUCUGCAUGAAUCUCUUCGUAAGUUUGAAGCAAAAGAAAAUGAUGGAGAAGAGAAUAGCGAGUAUCUUGUAUUCAACAGCAUGGAGAGCGUUUUUAGGCAUUUUUUCGAGGUUUUGAAUUUCCACUUCAAGAAUCAUCCGCAUUAUAUGGUGGAUGCUCUUGAUGUGUGCUUCCUGAAGUCUGUUCUGCAUUUUCUUGACUUUGAGCCUGGGCUGGAGUUUUUUGGUACAUUGCUGAAGCUGAAAGGCUUCAGUAUGCAGAAGCUGAUGAAGGUGUUGAAGGAAGCACGCCCAACCACAGUAAUGAUCGAGAGAAGAUCCUAUGAUGCAUUGAAGAUGCUGCUUCUUACCGAUUGGAUGGAUAAUGACAGCGGAUCGGUGUCCAGUGAUGACGAUGAUUUCAUGUGCGAAGAGAUAAACAUGAUUGGGGAGAGACUUGUCAGUGCACUUCUAGAAGAGGACUCAUACUUUGAAUACAAGCAGAUAUAUGACAUACUUGAGAUUCUGAACUGUUCAAGAAGAUGCCCAAAGCUUAAGCCUGUGGAAUUCACAAAAGUUGAUGUAAAAACUGUUUUGUACAUAAGAUUGAUGGUAGGACAGUUAGAUACCGUGAUGGAUGAGAUUUUCCGAACAGAUGAAUACCAAGCUUUUAUUGAUAUGUUUUUUGCACAUCCAUGCUGCAGCCUUGUUCUAACGCCUCUUACUGUGUUUUUUACUACUGCGAUCAAAGAUGUAGCAAAGUUUUCCUUGCUCAUCAAAGGAGGGUUUAUAACUAAGUUCCAUGAUGCAUGCAUUGAGUAUAUAUCAAUUGACCAAGGACCACGGCCUGCAGUGCAUGCAUUGUUUUCGUACCUUGUAUACAUGCAUCCAAUUCUUUCAUUCUACUUAAGCAAGUUUGAUAAGAACCUGGCACAAUCAGACAAAUGGGUUCAUCUUUCAUCAAUGAUGGAAUACUACCACAGGAUUGAAAGGCUUAAAUACACGAGCGAUGAUGCUAUAGAGAGCUUCAUUAAUAACGAAUGCAUCAGCGAGAGCUUUGCCAGGUAUAUAUGCCAUUUGAUUGUUGAUGAAAUGCCUAUUCCUUCCAUUCUACUCAAAAAGCAGGUGUGA